AUUAUCUGUAAUUACAAAUCGUCUAUAAAAGCAUACUUAAUGCUGUAUGAGUACAAAGAACGCAAUGAAUAUCAUGAAGGCAAUUGCAGUGUGUCUGUUUAGUGUGAUAAUACUAGUGGAAAGUAAUGAAUACCUUAAUGUGACGUAUCAACCCGCUCAUAGACAGUUGUUGGACUUUAAAAAGGAACAUCCAUAUCCAAUAGGAUUGUGGACCAAAAAUGCCGGUGAUCCAGUUGAAAUUCGUGACACAACAACGAUUAACUCCGAUGUAUUCAACAACCAGCUGUUUAUAGACACUUUCUCUACAUUUGAUGGCGAGAGAAUACCUGAACGAGUAGUACAUGCCAGAGGUACAGGAGCCUUUGGCUACUUCGAAGUCACGCACGAUGUCUCUAAGUAUACAUCAGCUGAUGUGUUCAAUGGAGUUGGGAAGAAAACACCGUUAGUUGCAAGAUUUUCAAAUGCAUUACAGGGUCUAGGGGGCACUGACUUUCCCAGAGAACACAGGGGCAUGUCAGUAAAGUUUUAUACGAAAGAAGGAAACUUGGAUCUAUUAUGUUUAUCUAUACCCGUUUAUUUUUAUAGGGAUCCAAUAUUCUUUAAACAUUUGUUACAUGCAUUCACUAGAAAUCCACAAACAACCCUAUUUAAUCCGACUAGUGUCUUUGAUUUUAUAACAUUAAGACCUGCCUUUAUUCAUGGCUUCUUUUGGGUGAUGUCUGAUUUUGGCAUACCCGAUGGCUACAGGAAGAUGGAUGCUUUCCCCAUUCACACUUAUGAAGUAUCCAAUAAGCAUGGAGAGACCCAUUACGUGCGAUUCAACUUUAGAACGGAGCAAGGCGUUGCAAUACUUACAAAUGAGGAAGCAGCUGCUCUUCAAAGUCAAGACCUGGAAUACUUUAAUAGAGAUUUAUACAACGCGAUUAAUUCAGGAGAAUACCCUGCAUGGAAACUAGAGAUGGAUGUGAUGACACCACACGAUAUACAAAGAGUCGAUUACGAUCCGUUUGAUGUUACCAGACUGUGGAAGAAUGGAACAUUCUUCACCGUUCCGAUUGGUCGUAUGGUACUGAACAAAAAUGUUGAAAAUAACUUCAGAGAUAUCGAACAAGCGGCAUUCAAUCCUGGUCAUUUAGUACCUGGUAUUACGGGAUCACCGGAAGGUUUGUUCCGUGGUAGAAGAAUGUUCUAUAGGGAUACUCAGAAUUACCGUCUGGGAAGAAACCACAAUAAUAUAUUAGUAAACAUGCCAUUGUACUCGAAGACGUAUGCACGUGAUGGGAAACCACCAACUAGGCUUAACAUGAAAAAUGCUCCAAAUUAUUUCCCCAAUUCAUUUAAUGGACCACUUCCAUGUGUGGAUGAGCAGCGACCGUGGAAGAAGUUGCAAGUAUUAGAAAGUAAUGCUGUGGAUUUGGAACCAGCAUGGUACUUCUAUAACUUCAUUCUAGAAGAUGAUGCUCACAGACAACGGUUUAUAAAUACUUGGGCCGCAGCUCUUGUUCCUGUUACACCACCAGUGUUGCAAAGGACACUGAAACUGCUGCACCAGGUUGAUAAUGAUUUGGGAAUGCGCGUGGCGGUUACUCAUGAGAUAUUGCUUGCACGAGCUAUGGCGCAGCAGGCAGCAGCCCGAGCCGCUUCAGCUGUACCGAGACCUAAAAGAAACCUUAUAACGUCUGAGGGACCUCCAGAACAUGACAACAUGGGAAGUGUUUACAAAAUAGAGCUUUAAUGAUAGGGUAGAUGACUUAAUUUUAUUUCAAUGUCCGUCUUGAAGAUUAUUUUAAAACAUUAGAUAGGUUUUUUUUUAUUUGCUUAUGGAAACAAAUACUUUCGCAGACGUCACUUCUAGGUACGCUUUAUACGCAGAAAUUACGUAUUUGCUUCCACUCCUAAACUUCGAUUCGUUUCAUCCACAGAACAGAGAAAAAGAAGUCUCUAUUCUGUGGUUUUAUCUAAGUAUUGUAACCUUAUAUGAAAAUACGUGACUAAAAUUGUUUCAUUACAUAACUGACGGACUAAAUAGAUUUUUAGUUUUCAUACCUCGUCAUCAUCCCUAUUAUUAUAUUUGAUUGAUCUCAAAAUUAUUAAGCAAUCCAGGAAUACUCGGAGUAGCAACCAUGAUAUUUGCUAUUAUUUCAAAUCAUAUUUAUUUUUACUGAAUGUAAACUUACUU